CUAAAAUAAUAGAAAACACGCGCGAAAGCUAUUCUUCUUCCUUCAUGCUUCAGCUGUCUAAAAUGGAAGUGGAGCAUAUCCUCCAUGAAUUCCUCUCCUUAUCUGACCUUCCUUCUCUCUCCCUUGAUCUCUACUUCGAGAAUCUUCUUCAAUCUAUGUCUACCGACUCUGAUCUCAUCGAUCGCGCUCUCAAAAUGGGUUUUCUCCUUCUCGAUGCUACCAAACACUCCUCCCGCAAACGCGCCAAAAUAAUUACAAAUAGAUACCGAGAUAGACAAUAGUAGCUAAAUUUAGGGAUAUCACAAUUCGACUCUUCCAACGAUCUAGGGUUAAUCGUUAGCGAAGAAAUCCCAAUCGGAACUGACCUAAUUGUUCUACCUCAACACAUUCCUUUACACUUCACCGAUUCCAACUCUCUCCUGCUUCAAUUCACCAACCACGUUCUUGCAUUUGGCAGAUGAACCAUGGACAAUGAAACUAGGUUUGAUGAUAUAUAAGUAAUCUUCCACAAUCUUACACAGUAAUCUUCCACAGUCUUACAUUGUUCCUAUUUUCCCUUGAAACUACGGGAAUUUAUGAAGUUAAAGAUUGUAGAUGGGAUGUUGUUAUUUGUUGUGUUGGGAAAAAAGUUAAGUUGAUUUUCCCUUGUUCGCUAUCAAUUCACUAUUCUACUCUUGUUGUUAGACUGAAAAUGAGAAAGUGCGUGGGUUAUAUGUUAUGAAGCUUGUGAGAUCAUUUUGUGGAACCACCCAUGAGAAUGACGAUGGCUCUUUUGAACAUGUUGGUUCCAUACUUGCUAACAUAACAAAGCAGCGAGAAGGGAGGGAGCUUCUACUCGACCCAAAAUGGGGUCUCUUGAAGCAAAUAAUUAGACAGUUCGAUUCAAAUAGUUCAUUGAGAAAGAAAGGGGUAAACAAAAGAUGUCAGUUUCUGCUUGACUUUGAGCAACAAGUCAAGCGUGCAUUAGUCGGUCUUGCACCAGAUAAGCAUCCUUUUGGUAGCCAAGAAGUCGAUGCGUCGUCUCUUGGGUGGGCAAUUUCAGCAGUCUCAUCUAGAGAAUUCUGGUUAAAUGGUAACAAGCAAUCAAAUGGGAUGAACUUUGACAUACCCAUGAUGCUCCCUCUAAUUGACAUGUGUAAUCAUAGUUUCAAUCUGAAUGCUAGAAUUGUUCAGGAACAAGAGACUAGUAGCACUAAGAUGCGGGUGAAGGCAGGUUGUGGCUGUAAUCAAUGAGGAUGACCCUUUAUUACUUUGUUAUGGAUGUUUAAGCAAUGAUCUUUUCCUUCUUGGUUAUGGAUUUAUGAUACAUUCAAACCCUUAUGACUGUAUUGAGUUCAAAUAUGAUGGCGC